AUGAAGUGUAGUCUGGAUGAGCAUGAGGAGUACUUAGAUGCCUUAGGAUCACUGGAUUUGAAGAAGGCAUCUUUUCUAAAGAAGAAGUUGAAUGAACUUCGCAAACUUAGAAAAAAGCAGGAUGAGCAUGAGGAGUACUUAGAUGCCUUAGGAUCACUGGAUUUGAAGAAGGCAUCUUUUCUAAAGAAGAAGUUGAAUGAACUUCGCAAACUUAGAAAAAAGCAGGAUGAGCAUGAGGAGUACUUAGAUGCCUUAGGAUCACUGGAUUUGAAGAAGGCAUCUUUUCUAAAGAAGAAGUUGAAUGAACUUCGCAAACUUAGAAAAAAGCAGGUACGUGACAUUGACUCCGUAAUACGCGCAGACAUCCCUUCGGAGGAGGAAGCCGCUGGAAGACUCAGGAAGUUGGUGCUGAAACACAUGAUUCAUGGUCCAUGUGGUACUGACCACCGCACCGACUUCCUGUGCUGGGACUCUGCAAAGGGGCACUGCAACAAGUUCUACCCCAAGCCUGCCUGCCAAACCACCCACGUGGACGAGAGGGGGUUCGUCCAAUACAAACGAGACUACACAAACGAAGGCUUUAUCACAUCACGGAGGAGACAGAUCAAAGUGCAUGAUGGCUGGGUCGUUCCGUACAAUUCCGCAUUACUGCUCAAAUACGAGGCGCACAUAAACUUGGAGCUUGCUUCUACUCGUCGCGUAAUCAAGUACCUCUUUAAGUACCUCAUGAAAGGCGGUUCUCUCCAGAACGUAACCGUCACUCCCCUGGGGAAACAAGAGGAUGAGGUCGAGCAUUACGUGACGAAGAGAAUGGUGGGUGCCAGCGACGCAUGCUGGCGUCUUCUCGACUUUCCUGUGUCAAAGCUCGAGCCCACCGUUGAGUGUCUUCCCGUGCAUUUAGAGGGCAAACAAAGUGUUGUCUUUCGGCCGAGACAGCUCUCUGAUGCAGUCACUCAAGCAAGCUCCAAGCUUAUGGUCUACUUCAAUCGCCCGCACCAUGAAACUUUUGACAAUGUCACGUACCAGACAUUUUACGAGAAGUUCAUGGUGCACACUAAGCGCCCACGUACUGCGGAAUUGUACGAACACCCCGAUGGCCAUCACUUUGUAACGACUCGCCAGCGUGGUGAGAAGGUAUGUAGGUUGAUGUGGGUCUCUCCCAACCGAGGAGAACAAUACUACCUUCGUAUUCUACUUAUGUCUACACCUUGCCGUGGUUACGUUGAUCUUCUGGCUCGUGGCGGUCCUGGUUGCCGGACGUUUCAGGACGUAGCCCGCAAUCUCGGCCUGGUGGAAGACGAAGAAGAAUACAAUCACGCGCUGCGCGAGGCAUCUACGUUUAUGACUGGACCUAGGCUCCGUUCCUUCUUCGUGAUCCUCUGCAACAUGGGAGCUCCCGCUGCUCUUCUGUGGGAGUCUUUCAAGAACCACCUUAGCGAGGAUCACUUAGAAAGGAACCCUCUCGACCCUGAACUGGCGGUGAAACUUACCUUGAUAGACAUCGAUCGGAGCCUCCGCCAGCAGGGAUCGUGCUUGAAAGAUCAUGGACUCCCCUACGUCGAGGAUGACACGACUGAGUUAGGUAGAGAGCUACUCAACUACGGCGAGAACCUCCAGCGAACCAUCGUUGAGGACUGGGUGCCCAAACUCUCCCCAGACCAGCGCCGUGUGUUUGAGUACGUUCGCUCUCUGCUUCUCAACCCCCGUGACCGACGCACUUCUAGAAUCAUAUUUCUGGACGGUCCCGGGGGUUAUGGGAAGACCUCUCUGAUUCGUGUCAUCCUUGCGUAUGUCCGUGGUUGUCGACAGGUUGCACUCGCCGUGGCUAGCUCAGGGAUUGCUGCAAGGAACAUGGCUGGAGGAACAACAGCACAUAGCAUGUUCCGACUCCCUCUAGACCUAGGUCACGGCACAGGUGUGUGGAACAUCACCAACGGGUCCCAGCGAGCAGAACUCAUCAGAGCAGCACAGCUCAUUGUGUUUGAUGAGGCCCCGAUGGCACACCGCUACAUCUUCGAGAUGAUCGACAGAUCCCUCCGGGAUCUCAUGAAUAGUAGUGUGCCAUUCGGGAAUAAGAUCUUCAUCUGCUCCGGGGACUUCCGUCAGAUUGCGCCCGUCGUUGAGAAGGCUCGCACACCAGCUGAUGUCGCGUGCGUGUCACUUCGGGCGUCACAUCUGUGGCGACUGUUCACACUAUUUUCCCUGACGACACCCCAGAGAACUAGUGGUUCCAUUGACUACUCCAACUUCCUCCUUGGAGUAGGCAAUGGAACAAUAAAUCCUUUACUUUUUGGAGAAGGCCGCGAGAGAGAGUCUCUCAUUCCCCUCACUGGGGUGAGAUGCCUCACUUCUCUCGCGGACUUAAUAACGGAUGUGUUUCCUCCUGGUGUUCUGCGAGAUCCUGAUCUUUGUGCGAGACGGGCAAUACUCUCAACUCUGAAUGUGAACGUCAAGGAGAUCAACGGUCGCAUCCUAGACCUCAUGGACGGGCGCAUUCAUGAGUUGAGAAGCGCGGACACCGUGGACAGAGAAGACGACGACGGGCUGGAUGUGGACGUAAAUCUCCUCAACCAGGCCACUGGCAAAGGAGUGCCAGAUCACGUCCUGCGUCUCAAGGUCGGCUCCGUAUGCUUAAUCAUGAGAAACUUAAAUAUCGGUGAUGGACUCGUGAACGGCACCAAAGUCAUUGUGACGGCGAUCAGCAGCCGACUGAUCACCGUCAGACUUAUCGGCAACACGCAACCUAUCGGAAUUCCCCGGAUUACGUUCAGGUUCGCGUUUGCCGAAGGAUCGCCGCUCCGGGUUUGUCGCCGUCAGUUCCCCCUCAUGUUGGCGUACUGCAUGACUGGUCACAAGAGCCAAGGCCAGACAAUUGAGUACGUCGGAGUCGACCUGAGAACGGACUGCUUCACUCAUGGCCAGCUCUACGUCCUGUUGAGCAGAGUGAGACGUCCAGACGACAUCGUCGUUCUUGUACCAGACGACAGAAUAGUAGAAGGAGUCGCCUAUGCAAAGAAUAUUGAUGAGCAUGAGGAGUACUUAGAUGCCUUAGGAUCACUGGAUUUGAAGAAGGCAUCUUUUCUAAAGAAGAAGUUGAAUGAACUUCGCAAACUUAGAAGAAAGCAGGAUGAGCAUGAGGAGUACUUAGAUGCCUUAGGAUCACUGGAUUUGAAGAAGGCAUCUUUUCUAAAGAAGAAGUUGAAUGAACUUCGCAAACUUAGAAAAAAGCAGGAUGAGCAUGAGGAGUACUUAGAUGCCUUAGGAUCACUGGAUUUGAAGAAGGCAUCUUUUCUAAAGAAGAAGUUGAAUGAACUUCGCAAACGUAGAAAAAAGCAGGAAUCACCAAAGAUGGAGAAGUCUGGGGAAGAGGAGUAA